UAAGCGUAAGACAACCAUAAGCAAUGAAUGCGUUUAAAUACGUUUGACGUCAUUUGACAUCUGGAUAAUUUGUGUUGGCUUACGCCAGCUUAUGCAAAAGUGGACAAUUGUCCAGCCUAUCUAACAAAACUGCAAAGACAUGCCGAUUCCGAAUCGGCACAUAAAAAUUAAUUUUAUAUACCAAUAUGAAAACGGCGUGUUUUCAUGUGACAAUCCAGACAUUUACUAUAGCAUCCAUUCAUUGAUAUAUUUGUCUCACGACGAAUGGUAUUAGUUCUACACAACAACGGUAACUAGAUUUAAAUUUGAAUAAUUCGUCAAUGUGUUUAAAAACAAACACACGCUCAGCGUGUGUCGUUAUGAGUAAGAAGUAUCGCAUAGAUGCUUCUCGGCUAACAGCAAUGUGUGAAAGUAUUGAAAUGUAUUCGAAUUCGCCAUCUUGCUCGUUCAAUGUGAAACCUUUCAAUUGAUUAUUUUCUUUUUCUUCAAUUUUGAUCGCGGAGAAUAAUUUUUUUCAAAAAAAAUUCUUCUACGAAAUGUUCUACAACGUGUAACGAAUAAAACGAGCUAUGUUGAUUUAAAAUCGGUGAAUUCCUAAACAGCCUAAUGUACAAUACAUUUUUAAUCAUGCACAAUACUUUUUCGCCGUCAACAAGCAAAUUCAAUUUCACAUCACCCAUCCAGCUCACUUCCAAUUUCCCUUUAUCUGCAACUAAUAUCUCUUCAUUUUGAGUUGCUUCCAUUGCGUCUGCAAUUCCCUGUAAUAAAACAGUUUUGACGUAAUCAACCGUGAGAUCUUUUCCACUAUUUUCGAUCCCCAAAAUCAUGGCUAAAUACUGCUCAGGAAACCCUCCUAACACCAAUGAGGCUAUCACAUCUUCAUCUAUUUUAAAGCCAACUAUCUUGCUUUUCUGCCAAUACAACAAUAUCUCAUACAUAAAUACAUACCUCUCCAUCGAUUUAAAUUUGACCAAUUUAAUCGAAACUAACUGAUUUAAAAUCGUCACUUUUCUCGGUACACCACCAUCGUCAAAAGCUUUAUGCAACCUCUUCCAAAUUACAUGAGCAUCCUUACUCUCAUCUAUGUAGUUAUAUAACGUUUCUUCUAUCAAUAACGUUAUCUCACUGAUGGCACGCGCAUUGUGCUGUGGGCUUUCCUCUGCGCUUGUUUCUUUCUCUAUUACUUCCCAGAGACAUUUUAUUAUUAAAUAAGACUUAGCUGAUACACGUCACCUAUCAAAAUUUUCUCUUCCUUUGAGCUUUUCAAAGGCGGCCCUCUGGCUGUUUCCGUUUGAUAUCUUAACUGGGGGUUGUUUUUAAUUUAUAUACUGUGACUUUGAAUAGGGCUGUGCUGGCUGGACGGAAUUCUUUCUUCUGGUUUACUAUUCCAAUUAAUCCUUUUUGUUUAAUAUUAAGAUAUGUUUUCUCUGCAAAUCGCUUUAUCAAAGUAUUUUCGACUACGUUUGGAUUAUAUACCAAUAUUUUAAUGAAUUCUUUUGUAACUGGUUCUAAUAACGCCAACCCAAUUCCUAUUUCACAGCAUGCAACCAUUACUUUCAAUUUAUAAUUCCCCCUCUCUAAGUAGAUUCCCUCUCUCUCAGGCACUAGGGGCCACUCACUAGAUGUCAACUGAAUUGAUUCGGAGAUUGUCCAAUAUGAUUGGUUGUUUAUUGGAGGUAAAUAAGAUGGAAACGUCUUUCCAACUUUAUUUUCUUCAAUUUUGAUCACCUGUCCGUGUUUGAUUUCAGCCGCUAUCUCGUCUUGUUCUUGUCUUUUGAUUUCAGCUUGAUAACUAUUACCCGCUUGCGCUUCGAUUAUCCUUUUAGUAUUUGUGCACAUAAAUUGUAAAAGGCUCGAUUUAUCCUUCUCGAUAGCGCUUGCUGUCUCCAAUUCAUUCUCAGUCAAAUCGCCCUCAAUUUGUCCAAAUCUUGUUAUUAUUUCCAAUAACAAAUCUUCAAUCGUUUCUUCUGUUGGAACUUCAGCAAAUUUUUCGCUCUUUAUUUCUUCUUUGCCCUUAUCUUCACUCAUUUAAUCAAAAAUAUUGAAUUAACUGCAAGUUGAACUAGCUUAUUUCCACACAGGAAAUAUUCAGGAACACUCUCGUUCAAAUUAUUUCUCUCGAACAUUCACGUACAAACUGCUUUUCUCGUUCAAACAGCUUCUCUCGUACAAACUGCUACUUCGCGUACUCUGGGCCCAUAACCAAGUUGUGAUUCAUAUACGACUGAAUACUUUAUUGAGCUUCCUUACUCUAUUUAAACAAUGUUUCUUAUCAAUUAAAUUCAAUUAGAGCGUUUCUUUCUCAACAGCUAAUCGUGAUGGUGUUAAUUUGAUUAGUCCCAUUUGAUUUGAUUCGUUCUAGUUUUUAAUUAUGAAUUAAAAUAUUUCAACAUCAUUAUUUCAACAGAUUUGAAUUUGAAACUUGUCUCCACGUUUGAGUCAUCGUCAUCGUCAUCGUCAUCGUCAUCGUCAUCGUCAUCGUCAUCGUCAUCGUCAUCGUCAUCGUCAUCGUCAUCGUCAUCGUCAUCGUCAUCGUCAUCGUCAUCAUCAUCACGAGAACAGAAUUGUACUGCGUUCGCUAACCACAUACAUCGUGUGCAGACAAUCAAUUUGGAGAAUAUUGAAAGAAACUGUUUUGUGAGUGAGAAAAGAGAGCGAAAAUUUCCAGACAUUAAAAAUACACAUUGUUUUUGCUCUUGGUCAUCGAAAAUUUCGACAGAAAAAUGUCUUCAUCCGACCGUUAUUUGAAAAAUGCACAUCAAGAUUUAUUAUCCAAUGCUCGGAAUAAUCGAGUUGAAGACAUCAAAAAAGCGUUGGACAGUGAAAAACCAAAAUUGGAAGUUAAUUUUAAAGACGAAGAUGGUAAUACUGCUCUACAUUUUGCUGUUGAAUAUGCCCGGAAAGAAGCCGUUGAUAUAUUGCUCCAGUAUGGAUCAUCUACUACCAUUCAAAAUGACGAAGGAAAAACUCCGUUAAAUGUGGUGGAAGAUAAGCUGAAUGCGAAUCCGAAUGACGAUAAUUUGAAACUAAUCAAGAAAUCGUUGGAAGAAAGUCGACAAGGCACAUCUCGUAGCAUAAGCAGAACUUCAAAUGAUGAUGGAAAAACUGUAACACAUUCACCGAAAAAUGAACAACGAAAUAAAACUGAGGAGAGACUCAUUCCAAGCUCAAGCUCUCUGAAUGCGCGUCAAGACACUGACAAUACCUACUAUUCAACCGGUUCGACCAUGCAUGGGUCUAUAUUCCAGUUCAAGCUCAUUAUGUUUGUUGAACAGCGCCUGAGAAAAAUGGGCCACAAAUUCCGACUCGCAUCCGAAAUGGAAGCGGCGGAAAAGUUCGACGAUGUUGUGAAGGAGCACACCGUGAGAAACAAACAAUAUUGGAGCUUUAUUCAAGCAAAACAUAAACAGGACGAUGAUGCAAAAAUCAAAAGCUACGACUUACAGUCGACAAAGGAUUCCGACCCAUUUGGGAUCCUGAAAUAUCUUCUGUCUUUGAUCAGAAUUAAAAAUAAUUCACAUUUCAUUAGGAAGGAACUGAACGACUUUGCGAUUGUUACGAAUGCGAACUACGAUUUUGAAGGUGAAGCAAAAGGCGAGCAUGCGACGAAAUGGAAGCCGCUUCGUAAGGAAAAUCCUUUGAAAGAAGGUGAUUUACUGUAUAUGGAAGGGUUCGAAGUAAAGGAAUGCAAAUUAUCUUCCAACGAUGAUGUCAAAAUGUUCUUGAAAGCGAAUUUAUUGGUCAGCGCUUUAGCAUUGAAAGAAAUUUCGAAAUUUCCUGCCGUUCAAUAUGAGUUAGAAAAUCGUGCUAAACACAUUACAGAAAAAGAAAUUGGCAAAUUGGCUAAGAAGAAAUUGAACGAUCUAUUGAAGAAAUUGAAAGAGGCAAAAAAGGAAAAAUCCGACGAAGAUCAAACCGAUUCGGCAUCUCUAAAAGGAGAUAAAGACAAACUGAACGAAAUUGUGAGAAAAUGUAAUGGACAUAGGGAAACAAUUCUAAAUCGCACGAAUAUAACACAUGUAAUAGCAAUAAUGGAAAAAGAUACAGAUCUCAAAGAGUUCAUUGACUUAACUGAAAUAAAAAGUAUAAAAGAUUUAGACAAGACCAUUUCUGCACUAUCAAUAAUCAAAGCUGCUCUGGAUGAUGCUGCGUUUGACGAAUACUUUGACGAAUUUGUGCAGAAGUUUCGAUUUGUCACCGAUUUCCCGAACCAAGAGAAGCUAGGUGAUUUCAUUAAGGGUGAUUUGGGUAAAACGUUCAAAUUGUUGAAUGCGGAUUUGGUGAGUGCUUCGUUCGAGAAGGAAAUGCUCAAGAUCAUGAAUUGCAAAAAAGGAGAGAAUCGCUUUCACACCAAAGAAGAAGCAGAUGAGUUUGAAAAGAAAAUGGCGAUCGCACUCAACGGUUUGCUCACCUCUGGCUUGAGUUUGGUCUAUCCGGGAGAGUUGAAAGCGCAUAAGAUUCGUUUUUCUGAAGGAUCCCUAAAAUCAGAGCAUUUGAAGAAAUUGAAUAGUUUUUUGGAUCCAGAACAGCAUGACAAACCAGUUUUUUACCUUUGCACUCAGUCCACACGAUUGACCGCCAUUAAAUUGCUUCAGAUUUUGGAAAAGCAUAAAAGUUAUAAGGAGAAGAAAGACAGUUUAAUUUUCAUUCGAUUCAAUACAUUAUCACAAGGUGAAAUGAAAAAGUACAUUUUCAAUGCUUUUAAACUUGGAAGCCACAAUCUUUUGGUGAUAGACUUUGAAGAUAAACACGAUGAAAAAACACUCGCUUCAAUUCUUGCGCAAGUCAAAAAUAUUCUCCGUGAGAAAAAAAUCAUUUUGAUCAGUCAAAAUUUAAAAUUCAAAGAUACGAGUUUGAUUGAUGAAAUAGAGGACAGCACUUCAUUCAAAGAUUUAGAUAAAAGGUCCCAAAAUUUGGUACUCAGAACGAAAGUCAAUUACCAAGGAACAACCAUGAGCUUAAAUCGACUCAUCAAUAGAAAUUAUGGUGCGAAAUUCUUUGACGGAAAAAGCCUCGCGAGACUUUUGAAUGGGAAUCAAUUGGAGAUAGGCAACGAAAAUGCAUUCUCUUCCAAUGGCUACGUGGAAGAAUAUUACAUCGAGAGAACAUUUCAUCGUCAGAUAAUCAAAAAAGACAUUCUCACAAAUAAAGAUCAGUUAUUUUUCAUUACUUCAACGAAGAAAGAAGAUAUGGCCUUUUUGGAAAGAGAUUUACUCAAAAUGGGAGCACGACAAAAUAAUAUUGUCCAAUUGGAGGAUAAAAAUGUACUAAAUACAUUAAAUACAUACAAAAUACGGAUUAUUCUUCCUCCGCUAAAUCAAAGUGAUCAAGAAUAUUAUGAAAUAUUUCGGAGUCUUGGGAAAAAUGCGCAUUGGUUGGAAUUGCAUCAAGGCACGAGCCUAUUCUGGAAAUUAUCUACCGGUGAUAUUUCACGCAUCACCACGAAAGAGGUGGUUCCAGAUGAACAUCAUUUCUGUAACGUGAAACAAUUCGGAAGCAAAGUCGUUAUACUAGCAAAUGAUGCCGGAAUGGGUAAAUCAACGGUAUUGACCAGUAUGGCUAGGAAAAUGAAAGAAUUGAAUGAUAAAGAGAAGAAUGAAUGUGAAGUCAACUGUAUUAUACGCAUCAAUGUGAAUGAUUAUGCCAAUCAUUUGAGUAACUACGAUUUUACGGAAAAUGAUGUUGAUAGAGCUAUAGACCUUGUUGCGAAAAUGGCAAUCCCCGGAGAUGCAACGAAUAAUAUCGAUAUCAAAAUACAACGAACGCUUUUCGAAACAAGUCUUAAAAGACACGAAGUUGGAUCGAAUUUAAAGAAGCCCAAAAUUGUUCUAAUGUUCGAUGGGUUCGAUGAAAUAUGCCCGAACUACGAAUCCAACACUUCACAUCUAAUCAGGGAACUGAAGGAAAGCAACGUUGCACAAAUUUGGGUCACGACUCGAGCUCAUGAACAAGAUCAUUUACAGAAAGAGUUCGGAUCGCUUGCUUACACGUUAAAUCCAUUGACCGAAGAAGAUCAGAAGAAUUUUUUGGACAAAUAUUGGAAAUGGAAUUUGACGAAAAUGACAGAAGAAAAUCCAUCGAACUAUCAACAAAUUUUGAGUCAUCCGAACAUCAGGUCGAAAUCUGGUCAGCUCUUAAAUGAUUUCUCCACACAUUCCGACAAAAUCCUCCAGAAAUGGAAUCGUGCUAUUCUUGAUGAAAAUAGAAAAUUUACAACGGUUCCGCUACUCUUACAAAUGUUGGCCGAUGUCACAUUGGAAAUGAAACUCAUUUUACCCGAGAAAAAUGGUCUCUUGAAUUUAUACGAUCAGUUAAUCGAUAUCAAACUUGAUAUUCAUUCCAAAGAAAAAGUUAAAAAGGAUCCAAAAGUUGUACAAGCAAACUGCGAGAGUGGAAUGGCCAAAUAUUAUUUUCAUAAAAUUUGUAUGGAAUUAUCCGUUAAACUCUUCUUUCCAAAUGAUAAAUCACUGCCGAGCUUGGUAAACAUGAAACUACUGACAGACGAAACAAGAAAUUUUUCAACCGGAACUGGACUAUUAAUUUUAAAAGGAAGUGAUUUGGUUUUCAUUCACCGAAGCUUCGCUGAAUAUUAUUUCAGUCGGUAUUUAAUCGAGAAUAUGAGCAGAGAAGAAGUACAGAAAUUAUUGUUCAGUAAAAUCUUUAAAGACGAUAGCUAUGGGCUCAUUUGCCAGUUUUUCAAUGAUCGACUUGAAAAACUCCCCGAAAGCGAAAAGCAAAUCGAAUUGACGGAUGCUGCAAUGGAAACAAUGUUAUCGGUCCAACCUCUUCUCAAUACUGCUGCAAAUGGUCAUAGGGAGAUCGGUCAACUUCUCAUCGACAACAAUGCAGGUGUCAAUGUAAUAGGCGAAUUUGGAAUGACACCUCUUCACCUUGCUGCUAAGAGGGGUCAUAAGGAGAUUGUUCAACUUCUCAUCGGGAACAGUGCAGGUGUCAAUGGAAUAGACGAAUUUGGAAUGACACCUCUUCACCAUGCUGCUGAAAGCGGUCAUAAGGAGAUUGUUCAACUUCUCAUCGAGAACAGUGCAGGUGUCAAUGAAAUAGACAAACAUGGAAUGACACCUCUUCACCAUGCUGCUGGAAACGGUCAUAAGGAGAUUGUUCAACUUCUCAUCGGGAACAGUGCAGGUGUCAAU